AUGGGGGAGACAAAAGUUAUUUACCACCUCGACGACCAAGAAACUCCUUACCUGGUCAAACUGCCCAUCCCUGCUGAAAGGGUCACCCUGUUGGAUCUCAAAAAUGCUCUUAAGAAGCCAAACUACAAGUUUUUCUUUAAGUCUAUGGACGAUGACUUUGGAGUGGUCAAGGAGGAAAUUACUGAUGACAAUGCCAAACUGCCCUGUUACAAUGGCCGUGUAAUAUCCUGGCUGGUGUCAGCAGAUGGAUGCCACUCAGAUGGAGGGUCAGCGGCUGGGAGUCAUUCUGAUCAUCCGCCAUCUCUGGAGAGGACACAGGGCAUUGGAGACUCUAGACCUCCCUCCUUCCAUGCCAAGGCUGCAGGCGGCCGCAGUGACAAUGAGUCUGAGGUAGACUCUGUGGUUUCAUUCAGGAGAGAACGGGACAGAUCACGCCGGAAACACUCACAUGACCAUGCUGGUGGUAGGACGAAUGGCUACUCGCGGGUGGGCCGAGGGGUGGAACCGGUUGGCUACGACUGCUACGACAGUCGCUCCUCCCUCAUGAGCAGUGAGCUGGAGUCCAGCAGCUGUUUCGACUCUGAUGAUGAUGGUUCCACCAGCCGCUUCAGCAGUGUGACUGAGCAGAGCGGCUCCUCGCGUUUGAUGAGACGACAUCGCCGUCGGCGACGGAAGACCAGGGCAACGCACAUGGAGAGGUCCUCAUCUUUCAGCAGCAUCACAGAUUCCACCAUGUCUCUGAACAUAAUUACAGUCACUUUAAACAUGGAGAAGUAUAACUUCCUGGGCAUCAGUAUUGUGGGCCAGAGUAACGAGAGAGGUGAUGGAGGAAUCUACAUUGGCUCCAUCAUGAAGGGUGGUGCUGUGGCCGCUGACGGACGGAUAGAGCCUGGGGACAUGCUGCUGCAGGUUAAUGACAUAAACUUUGAGAACAUGUGUAACGACGACGCGGUUCGCGUACUGAGGGAUAUCGUGCACAAGCCAGGGCCUGUCUCGCUGACUGUGGCAAAGUGCUGGGAUCCAAAUCCAAACAGCUGUUUUGCCUUGCCCAGGAGCGAGCCGAUACGACCCAUUGACCCUGCUGCGUGGGUAUCGCACACUGCGGCCAUGACCGGGGUCUACCCUGCCUACGGGAUGAGCCCCUCCAUCAGCACCGUCACCUCCACCAGCUCCUCAAUCACCAGCUCCAUUCCUGAGACAGAGCGUUUCGAUGAUUUCCACCUGUCCGUCCACAGUGACAUGGCAACAGUUGCUAAGGCAAUGGCCUGUCCUGACUCAGGAUUGGAGGUUCGAGACAGGAUGUGGCUCAAAAUCACUAUAGCCAAUGCUUUCAUAGGCUCGGAUGUGGUGGACUGGCUCUUCCAUCAUGUUGAGGGAUUUUCCGACCGGCGGGAAGCGCGGAAGUACGCCAGUAACCUGCUAAAGGCUGGCUUCAUCCGUCACACAGUCAAUAAGAUCACCUUCUCCGAGCAGUGCUAUUACAUCUUUGGUGACCUGUCUGGAAACAUGGCCCUUCUGUCUCUGCAUGAUCAUGAUGGAUCGAGUGGGGCUUCAGACCAGGAUACGCUGGCCCCUCUGCUCCACCACACAGAGGCUCCCUGGCCUCCUGCAUUCCCCUACCAGUACCCUCCUCCUCCACCCUCAAUCCCUCCAUCAGAGGGCCUACAUGGCUGCAGUGAAGCCGCAGGAGGUAGUGCUGGAAGUCCACAUAGUGAAGGGAGCAGUGGCUCUAACUGCAGCUGGAGCAGGACAGAUGGAAAAGGGCUGACUGGGGACUUCAGAUCCGGAGGGACUGAGAGCAUGCUGGAUUACGAGUUCCAUCCAGACAGAGCCCCCAGCGAACGCUCAGUGGCGCCCCCUAGCGAAUGCAGCAUGCGGAGCUCCCGUUCUCAUUCUCGCUCCCAUUCCCACAGUCUGAGGCAGCACCCUGCCCCCGGUUCCCCCUCCGGCCGUCGCCUGGGAACCAUGCCCCCCGAACUCACGGGCUCACGUCGCUCCUGCAGCACGGCCAACGGAGAGUUCUUCGUGGAUGUGAUGUGA